ACCGGGAUUUCCCGUGGCCUUUUCAUCCAUAUUUUUACUUCGACCAGCCCACAUUGAGCGAAGAAAUUUAGGCAUGGCCGACUUGCACUCGAUGGAUAUUUCUCUCAAACCAUUACUCUCAGGACUUCAUGGAAGUAAAAUGGGUUACUUUGGGUGCUCGGGCUAUCCAUUGUCCCGGAUUGUUCUUUCCUUCUGGAUAAACUAUGAUGACCUAGAAAUGGAAUUGAUUUAGCAGAAACAUUCCAGUGCUCUUCUGCUUCUAGGAUUAGGUCUGACGCUGAGAUACUGUCUCCUGUUGUGCUGGGGGAAGACUCUACUGAGGAACUUGGGUCAGCUCGAAGCAGCAAAGCGGGAAGGUCUUGCUGGCGACUGUAGGGGAGGCUGAGCGGUCGAUGGUAGGCUGGAAAGGGCGGCAUGGGUGCUGUAGCCUAUGAACAUGACUUUUUUGCCGUUAUACGACGUCGCUAGCGAGAUUGACACAAACUUUUGCUGCAGGUCUCUAGGAGUCCAUGAUGAUAAUGACUUAAGCGUCUCGGGUGUGCGAUUCCUGCAGCUAUUCUGACACUCUGAUAGAUAUUUCAUCUCUGCUCUCUUCAGCACUUCUCUCGUAACAACCAUGGCCGCAGAGCAACCCUCCUCCUCCGCCUCAGACAUCACCAUCACUGUCAAGGGCCCUCAGGAACUGAAGCUCACCAUCUCGGUCUCUCCAGACAAGAACGUCGCUGAGCUGAAACAACUUAUUGCCUCCAAAUGUGACGUGGAGAAGGAUCGCCAGCGUCUGAUAUAUUCUGGCAAGGUCUUGAAAGACGAAGAAACCAUUUCCAGCUACAAGAUUCAAAAUGGCCACACAAUCCACAUGGUGAAGGGUGCUGCAAAGCCCUCAAGUUCAACCCCCGCCGGUCAGGCAAGCCAACCCCCCAGACUACCUCAGAUGGGCACAGGUUUGAAUGUGGGCAGUAACCCUAUCGACAAUGUUGAGAAUAUUCAUCAUGGGCUAGCGGGGUUCAAUCCUUUUACAGGAGUUCAAGGGCUCGAGAACUUGAAUGAUCCCAACGCUAUGUCUAACAUGAUGCAAAGUCCCGAAUUUCUCAGAAGCAUGUCCGAUUUGAUGUCCAGACCAGAAGUUGUAGAUCAGAUCAUUGCUUCCAACCCACAACUGGCCUCCAUGGGUCCCCAGAUCCGGCAAAUGAUGGCCUCUCCUUUCUUCCGGCAGAUGAUGUCCAACCCCGAGACCCUUCGAACGAUGAUGCAAAUGCAGUCGAGCAUGGGCCAGGGGGGCGGACUGGGAGGUCUAGGCGGAUUCAACCCAUUUGCUCCCGCAGCUGCUGGGGCCAAUGCGAAUAGCGCACAAAACAAUGCCGGCCCCACGGAUCCAUUCCCCAACCUUUUCGCCCCUAAUGCUGGCAACGCCAAUCCUACUGCUGGUGGAGGUAAUGCCGCUGCCGAUCAAGCAACAAACGCUCCUUCCAAUCCAUCCCAACCUAAUGCCGGUCAAUUUCCUCCUGGACUUGCUGCGCUGUUAGGUCUUGGGGGCGGGAUGCCCGGUGCAGGCACGAAUGCGGGAACGAACCCCAAUCCAUUCGGCGGGAUAAACCCUGCACUCUUUGGCGGCUUAGGUUCUCCCUGGGGAGCCCCGCCAGCUAGAGACGAAAGGCCUCCAGAGGAAAUCUAUGCUACCCAGCUGGGACAGCUGAAUGCUAUGGGUCUAUGGGAUGCCCAAAAGAAUAUCCGAGCCCUUAGAACUACUGGCGGCAACGUUGAAGCAGCCAUCGAGCUGAUUUUCUCUGGCCAGCUUGAUCAGGCCUGAUUUACGUUUCGGUAACUAAUGACAAGGUGCCCCAUGCAACGUUGUACAGUUGAUACCCUCA